AUGGAGGAAAUGAAAGAGAACAUGAGGAGGACGAAUCCUAUAGAAGAUUUGGUCCACAGAAUCGACUCUCCCUUUACGGCUGCCAUCAACGGUCAUCCUUUACCAUCAAAAUUCAAACUGCCUUCCCUGGAUUCAUAUGACAGAACGCGUGACCCGUUUGACCACAUUACUACCUUCAAGACAACUAUGCACCUUCAAGGGGUCCCUGAUGAAAUCAUGCGUAGAGUCUUCCCUACCACCCUUAAAGGCCCGACGCGAGUUUGGUUCAGCAAAAUACCUCCAAGUUCUGCAGGUUCUUUCAAAAAGUUAAGCAAACUGUUUGUUAACAACUUCAUCGGGGGACAAAGACACAAGCGUUCUUCGUCCAGCUUGCUGACCAUAGAGCAAGGGGAGAACGAAAGCCUGCGGUCAUUCAUCACUCGCUUCAACAGAGAAGCCCUUAGUGUGGACGAGGUGGACGACAAGCUUCUACUGGCAGCCUUCCACAACGGGAUUAAUUCUGAUUUAUUUAUCCACAAGCUAUAUGAGAAGGAGCCUCAAACUAUGGCUGAGCUCGUCCAUUCAGCUCAGAACUUCAUGAAUGCAGAAGAUGCGAUCAUAGCCAAGAAGAGGAAAAGAGCUGAAAGGAUGGAAGCACAUCCAACACGCCACUCGGAACAAGGCCCUCGUCCAAAGAAGGGAUGGACGGAAGAUAAGAAAGAACGAGAUAACAGGAAGACGGGUCCUAUGGGAAGAAGCCAGAACUAUACGCCCCUGAAUGCUCCAUUCGAUCAGGUGCUCAUGCAAAUCAAAGACGACCCUUUCCUAAAAUGGUCAGAGAAGAUGAGAGGAGAUCCUAAUAAGCGCAAUAAGAAUAAAUAUUGUCACUUCCACAGGGACCAUGGGUAUGACACGGAUGAAUUUUAUGACCUGAAACAGCAGAUUGAGAAUCUUAUUAGACAAGGAAAGCUGAGGCACUUUGUUGGAAGGGAUUAUAGAGAUGAGAAGUUGAAAGGAAAAAUGGAGGAAUCGUCCCAGCCCCCACUAGGAGAGAUAAGGAUUAUCGUUGGAGGAAAUUCGAUGGGGUAA